AUGGUGGAUGGGGAUGCGUUUGUUAAUGGAAUUGUCAGGACGCUUGAUAUUGUUCAUGCUGGGGCUUUGUUUCGGCUUUUGGGAUUGGGGGAUCAGGGUAGGGUUGGUGUGCGGUGUGUGACGCUCUCUCGUCACCGUGCAGAUGCUCUUAUUGUUGUGUGUCGGGUUGAAAAUGAGUCGUUGGAUCACGGCGAGCAGGCUGAGCAGGACCGGGUUGGCUUUCGUCAUGAUAUGAGGAGUUGGGGGGAGUUGUGGAAUGAGAUUGGUGAGCAGACGGGGACGGUGUGGAAGCCUACGACUAUUGAACCGGGAGGAUCUGAUGGCCCGAGCCACUUUGCCGUCCGGAUGCACAGCGAGUAUUAA